AUGGAAUCCCUUAGAGAACUUGUUAUUAGUUAUAUAGAAUUAGAGGAAAAAGAAUAUGAAAUCAUGAAUAAAGCUAAAAACACCUUUUUUUCUGAUAUUUUAGAUUUAAAUGAUAUCAUUAAGUGUUCUUUUAUGGAUAAAAUAAAAAAUAUUCAAAAUCAAAGUAAUGAAUUAAGAAAUGAGAAAAAAAGCCUUGUAAAUUAUAUAUUUUAUCUUUAUUAUAAGGUAGAAAAGGUUUUAUUUUCAAUUGAUACUAUAAAAAAAGAAUUAAUUUUGGAUGAUUUAGUUGAAGAUAUAAAUAAGCUUGAAAUGCAAUUAAAUUAUGUCAAAAAGACGUUAAAUGAUAUUAAAGAAAUGGAUCAAUAA